AUGAACUCAUCGAGAAUUGCUUCAGGUUAUGCAAUAAAUCCUGCUCGUGAUUUCGGUCCAAGGCUCUUCACUCUCUGCGCUGGUUACGGUUGGAGGGUAUUCAGCUAUCGUAGCUACAAGUGGUUCUGGAUUCCGAUCAUUUGCCCAAUGCUUGGAGCCCUGCUUGGAGCAUGGAUGUACGAGUUCUUCAUUGGAUUCCACAUCCCCGAUGAUCCGGACACCACCUACAUUCACAAGGUGACUCUUUCCCUAUCCAAUCACCUCUGCCACAAACCAAUGGCACAGUUUCGCAUUGCAAAUCAGCCGAGUAGAGUACUACUGUUUGCGAUAUAA